AUGGGAGUGCUUUUCAAUAAGAUUGAUAGGAAACAAUUGAAACCAGGAGAUCACAUCUACUCUUGGAGGCAGGCUUACAUCUAUGCACAUCAUGGAAUAUAUGUUGGUGAGGGAAUGGUAAUCCACUUCACAACUGGAAGAGGACAACAAAAUGGAACACCAGCUAUUUUCGACGGUCUUUUUACAAGUUCAGCUCCCUCUUUUGAUACCGACAUUCCAUGCCUCAGAUGCGGUGAUUGCCGUGAAAUAAGGACUGAUGGUGUCAUCUCAUCUUGCUUAGAUUGUUUUCUUUCUGGAGGUGAACUAUACCUCUUUGAGUAUGGUGUCAAUAUAAUUCAUUUUCUAGCCCAAGCUAGAGGAGGCACCUGCACCCUUGCUUCUUCAGAUCCGGCUGACGAAGUCCUUCUCCGCGCUUUUUAUCUUCUUGAAAAUGGAUUUGGUGGCUACCAUUUAUUCAAGAAUAACUGUGAGGAUUUUGCAAUUUAUUGCAAAACAGGUCUCCUUGUAACCACAAACAUCAGUGUAGGCGGCGGAAGUGGCCAAGCAGCGACUUACUCGGCUGCUGUCAAUACCAUAACGUCUUUAUCACUUAGAUUUGUGAGCUCAAGUUUUUAUGGUAUGACAUUGCUUGGCUGUGGAACGUACUGCUAUAAAAGAUUGGUAUCUGAUAUUGGAUUUCGCAAUGGGGUAACUAAAGUUCCUCCGGAAAAAAUACCAGAGAUGGUUAAGGCGGAAAACUAGUGUGAUUGCACAAAA